AUGUCGGAUCACGCUUCUCACAAAACCGAAGCAAACCGUGCUCAUUUCAAUGAUGCCGCAUCUUCGUACAACAAUAGAUUCGAGAAGACAAUCCUCCAGAUCAUCCAUGAAAUCCAAGAACGGCGUGAGUGGCUUGGGGUAGACUGGGUUGAAGACGCCUCAGAAGAUGAAAGUGCCACCGCGAAUCCGAAAGGAGCCAGCAGACCUGUCAGAUUACUAGACUAUGCUUGUGGUACUGGCCUAGUGUCACGUGCACUGGCACCUUACGUGUCCCAAUGCGUUGGAAUCGACCUCACUGAAGGCAUGGUCGCAGAGUAUAACAAGACGGCAGAGAACCAGGGAAUUCCCCGGUCUGAAAUGUUAGCGCACGUGGGUAAUCUCAUCGAUCCAUCCGACCCCUCGCCAGCGGCUUUCACAGGACCCGAGUUCCACAAUUUCGACAUUGCAGCUGUAGGCUUGGGCUUUCAUCAUUUCGAUGACCCUGCUUUGGCUGCCAAAAGAAUUGCCGAGAGGCUCAAGCCUGGUGGAGUUCUGUUCAUCAUCGACUUUCAACCACACGAGCAUAUGCACCACCAUCAUGCUGCGGCGAAAUCUGUGACUCAUAUGGGGUUUUCGGAGGCUGAUAUUAAGAAGGUGUUUGAGGAGGCUGGGGUUGGGAAGGGUUUUGAGUAUGUUGUUGUUGGGAAGGGGAUUGUGUUCAGUGAUAAAAGUGACGAAGUGAAGACUAUGACGAGGAAGGUGUUCAUGGCACGAGGGACCAACUUAUAA